AACGUUCUAAAUCCAAAGGAGGAAGGGGGGCUUCGGAGAGAGCGAGGGCGGGAGGGCCGACCCGGGGAAGGUGCGGAGAAGAGACUAGAAUGACUUUCCUCUGGUUUCUCCCUUUUCUUCUUCUAUCAUUGUUCGAGGGGACCGUUGGGAGGCCAUUCUACCCGCUACCAAGCAAAAUAGACUAUAAAGACAAACAGCCCUUGCAGACGUCCCGUCCAUAUAAUAUUGCUCAUCGGGGAUCAAAUGGGGAACUUCCCGAAGAAACAGCUGCUGCAUAUUUGAGAGCUAUUGAUGAAGGUGCUGAUUUUAUUGAAACCGAUAUUCUUGCUAGUAAAGAUGGUUCACUAAUAUGCUUUCAUGAUGUAACACUUGAUGAUACAACUGAUAUUGCUGAUCAUAAGGAGUUUGCUCAUCGUAAAAGAACCUAUGAAGUCCAAGGGUCUAAUAUGACUGGCUUUUUUGUAGUGGACUUUACACUUAAAGAGCUUAAAACAUUAAGGGUGAAGCAGAGGUAUAAGUUCCGAGACCAACAAUACAAUGGGAAGUUCCCAAUUAUCACAUUUGAGGAGUUUAUUGCGAUUGCUCUAGAUGCUGAUAGAAUUGUUGGGAUAUAUCCAGAGAUCAAAAAUCCAAUUUUCAUCAAUCAGCAUAUCAAAUGGGCUAAUGGAAAGAAGUUUGAGGACAAGUUUGUGGAGACGCUACUGAAGUAUGGAUAUAAAGGGGCAUACAAGUCAAAGGACUGGGUAAAGCAGCCAAUAUUCAUACAGUCCUUUGCUCCAACUUCUCUAAUUUAUAUUUCAAACAUGACAGACUCUCCAAAGAUCUUCCUAAUUGAUGAUGUCACUGUUCCAACUCAAGAUACAAAUCAGUCUUAUUGGGAAAUUACCUCAGAUGGUUAUCUUGAAUAUAUAAAAGACUACGUGGUUGGGAUUGGACCAUGGAAGGACACUGUUGUUCCUCCAGAGAACAAUUAUUUGACUACUCCCACUGAUCUUGUUGCAAAAGCACAUGCUCAUGAUCUUCAGGUGCACCCAUACACUUAUAGGAAUGAAAACAUGUUCUUACACUUCAACUUUCAUCAGGACCCAUAUGUUGAAUAUGCUUACUGGAUAAAAAGGAUUGGGGUUGAUGGAUUGUUCACAGAUUUCACCGGAAGCCUUCAUCAGUAUCAGGAAUGGGUAGCUACAUCUGCCAAAGAUGAAAAGGAUGCUUCUAGCUUAUUGCAUAAAAUUUCACUUAUGAUAUCAUCUUACAGGGGAUGAACAUUUAGUCAAACUAAGGUGUUCGUUUGCUCUUCAGAUAUGAACUGUUGUAAAAGUUUCCAAGAAAUCAAUUUUAUCUGCAAACCAUUUCUUUUUUAUCUAGUUAGAUACAUUAUCAUUGUUGCCCUCUAUGAAAUUUUAUUGGUUACA